AUGAAGUAUGAACUAAUAAAACAGAAUUUUCCUCACACUUAUUAUCUCUUGCUCUUUUCUAUUUCUCUCUUUAUGUUGUUAAGCCUUCUAGCUCAUUCAUUUGCAACUUAAUUGAAGAUUCCCCAUUGAUUUGUCAAGACUACAACAUGACCAGGCUGAGACGUGACAAUUUGGUAUCAUAGCUCAAUUUUGACCGAAUGGUGAUUACCAGGACAGAGGAGCGGCUCGUUUCAUUCGCUAAUCGGACCGCUAACGUCGAAACUCAGUUGUAAGUUACACAAUGAGCAUAUAGUGUGAUUGAAGAACAUAUGACUACUCAAUUCGGCAUUCAUGCGACUCAAUUUCAAGAUUUGGCAACUUGAGUGGAAGGACACUCUCAACAAUUUGCAACAAUGAACGCGAGAUUGGAGAAUUCGGAUAAUCAUUCGACGACUCAGUUUGUAGAAAUCAUGAGGCGGUUGGCUAAAUUAGGUCAACAGAGGCCAACAAUGAUCGUUGACGGCGCGGGUCGAACUACUGGAGGGCCGGAAUGAUAAUGGAGGCAUUCUAGCACCACGGUAAAGAGAGCAGCAUAUCCAGCAGCCACCACCACAUAGAGUACUAGUUCUCGUUUCAUAAAAAUGCAUCAUUUUACAAUAUUUGCCCCCUCCCCUAUCAUCUCAAAAUGAUGCAAAAUAGGACAAUUCAAAUUGUCCCGUCCCAAUUAUCGUACUCUCAUUUUUGUGUUGCCAAACAAUAUUAUUUUAUUUUAUAACAAUUGAACCAAAUUGUGUCAUCUUAAUUCUAUCAUCCAAAGACCCUAGAACACUCUCAUUUAACAACUAAUCCCGCUUCCUAGUUUGCUAGUACCAUGUGAUUGUGAUCUGACAAUGGGGAGUACAAAACAAUAAUGAAAUGUAAAUAAUUUCGUAAUAAUAAUAACAAACAGUUAUUGUUACUUAAAAACAAAAUGAUUAUUAAAUUUACUCCUCAAAAUUUUCAACUCGCAACGUGCUAAUCAUAACGGUAACCAGAAUUUUAGAAUUAAAAAAAAAAAAAAAAAACGGUAACCAGAAUUUUUGUUGAUUGUUAAUUCAAUCCAGAGGAGAGGACGCAACAGCCAGCCUGACUGAAACAACCCUAACUCCUUUUUGCAUCGAUCAGAGACAUCUUCUUUCCCUUUUCUUUUUCUUUCUUUUCCCCCCUUUUUCCCUUUUCUUUUUUUACCUCUUCUUCUUUCUUUUGGUGGGUUCGUAUUAGGUAAGGGAAUCCGUAUACGCGUAGCGUGGAGGCGCUUCCAAUCCACGCGUAUCGGAAACCACAUCUGACGGUUCUCCUUUCAUUUUCACACCACCACGUGUAACGCCCUGAUCUAAUGCAUCUCCCAACUCUCUCUCUCUUUCAUUUUCCUCCUUUAAGACGAAAGUACGAUUUCACCCCCGCAUCCUAUGCACUCAUUCCUAAUCGGCAGAAGGGACUAAAACGUAAUUCACUCAACCGUCUUCCUAGGAAACCAUCAACCGAGUCGGCCACACUGCUAUAUAUAACUAACCCCUCCGUCCUUUGCCUUUCCUCUCACUUCCGCUGCGCAUCCCAAAUCAUAAUCUCAUCUCAAACCUCUUCCAAUCUUCUCCACAUUAUCCUCCUCUUCUCCAAAUUCGAACCAAAUCUACAGAAGCAGCAAUGGCGGCCAGGAGCUUGAUUACUUUGACGAUUUUCGCACUCGUCGCCUGCUCAGCCAUGGCGCAGGCUCCCGGCGCAGCUCCUACCGCUUCACCGAAGGCGGCCCCGGCAGCUCCCAAGACGGCUCCCGUAUCUGCUCCAACUCAACCUCCGACCGUGGCGGCAGCUCCUACUACUACUACUGCCGUCCCCACCGCCGCUCCCACCAUGUCCCCCACCAUGUCUCCGCCAGCACCCGUGGCGCCUUCGUCCGGCGACGGCGUGUCGCUGCCUCCUGCCGCCUCGGGCCCGGGGUCUGCUUUGUCUCCUGCUGGUUCCAACCCCGGAACCAACGGCGCCAGUGUGAACGGAGUCGGCGCGGCCGUGGUUUUGGCUGGAGCUGCCUGCUUGUCGGCUCUGUGGAUGUAGAUCUGAGUUUAUUUGGAUGAUGCGGUUAGGCGGUUAGGAUUUUUUUCUUUUUUUUUCGUUGUGGAAAAUAUUUUGGUGGAUUAUAAUGAUUAUGUUGACAGUGGUGGGAGUUUGUUUUGAUUUCUUGUUGGGGUUUUUCUUUCUUUCUUUCCUUGUUCUGUUAUUGUGAGAGGGAGAUGGGUUUGGUUAUUGUUGAGCAGGACUGUUUAUUUAUUUAUGAUUAUUAUAUUACUAUUGAUAUGAUUUAUCAUUGAUUACUGUUGUUGUGGCAAUGAUGAUUGUUAUUUUUGGAAUUAAUAAGCAGCCAAGUAAUGUUGAUUAAUUGAAGGAUUAACGUUAAUGUUGCGAUAAAGACAAAUGUGUGGAUCUGUAGCUGGGGAGGGAGAGGGAGAGAAAUGCGUUUGGAUCUGGGAAAUGGGGAGGAGAGUUGUAGUUUAGCCGUUGUUGGGGGUGGAGAGGAAAAAGAGUGAGUUGGGGGUGGUGGGUUGCGUUGUCGUUUUAUGAGUGCGGUUGUGGAGGAUGACGAAAAAAGCAACGCAGGAAGGCAGUGGUGAUACAGCUGGGAAGCAGUGGAUAUAUGAUAUGAGAUUGGUGGGUGUUUGUCUAUUUGCUUUGGUAUGGUCGUAUUUGUGGAUUGCCAUGGAGUGGAGUUGUGAGGGACUAGAAUGGCAAUGAUGUGGGUGGGGGUGUUCGGUGACGGUAUCUCUAUAUUCAUAUUUGUCUUUUGGCAAGUCGGGUAGAUCGAAGAGGUUCAGAAUAACUCUUAAAAGUUUUUACCGUAGAACAAGUUUCGGAAUUGAAUAGAUGAUUAGUUAGUUUUUUUUUUAUUACUCAAAAACUUUAGUCUCAUGUGUCACUUUGUUGGUGAUGGCAAUGGGUCGGUGUGGGGCGAGUACUUCAAUAUCCUUGUCCCGCUCCAUGCUACUACGGGCCGGACGAUUAAUACCCGAGCGGGUACGGGACGGGGCGUGGCGGGUCGACCUAUUUUUAUAUGCUAUUUGAAAAAAAAAAUACAAGCUUAAUUUUACUUUUUACAAUAAAAUAAAGGGGAAAAGACUUCAUGAAUGGAUAAUAGUGAUAAUAUAAUGAGUAAUUGAGUUUAUUUAGUUGAAAGUUCAAUUCUAAUUAGUUGAAGAAAAGCCAAAAUAGGAGAUAUGUGAAUGGAUGGUGUAAUAAAUUGAUCUAGAACGAGCCAAGAAUGGGACACUACGGCAGGUCGAAAGUUGAUAUCCAUGUCCGUCCCACUCUACUACGGAUCGGAUAAUCCCGCCCCAUUAUAGAUCAGAUGGGGAAAUACCCGACGACGGGCGGGUUCAAGUUAUCUCUUACUGGAAAUUACCAUUACCAUGCUAUGGAAGGACGGUGGAGAAGCACGUGGUGUUGGGGGAGGUACAGCUGGUAAGGUGGGAGGGAUGUGAGGAAAGAGAGACACCCAUGUGAAUACCUGGCAGAGGGCCAACACCCACACCCACACUAGACAAAACAUACAAUACAAAUACAACUGCGCCCAACUGGAGGGGCAAAGCGGCAACACAAACAAUGAUGGAUCUAUAUUAAAAUAACCGUCUAUGACCUAUUUAUACCAUUAUAUAAUUAGGGGUGAACGAAUACACCUGCAAAGCCGACUCACCCGUUCAACUCUACCCAACAAGUCCGUAUUUAUCGCUAUAAGCCUAUAACUAAGGUUUUGGGUUGGGUGAGAAUUUUCUUUUAUACAACCCGCCUCUUUUGGGUUGGGUUUGGAUUUUGGAUUACACAACCCGUAGAACCCGACUAAACCCGUGUUCCAACUAUUGAUAUGAGUUUGUAUCCAAAAAAUAUUUAUGUCGUAUAUAGUAAUACUUUUGAGAAAAUUAAGAUAUUUCGCUAUGUUUUUCUCACAUGGUCUCUCUAAUCUAAUGCAUUCUUUGGGUUAAAGUUUAGAUAUAGAUUUAAUAUAGCUAUGAUUCACGUAAUCCUUUUUCUUAUAUACAAUUUUAAUAGAAUAACAUAUUAUGG